UUUUGCUUCCCGUCAGGCAACAGCAGCCUUUUCACACACACACCCCAAACCACAUCUUUCUGCAACUUUCUUUUCAUACAAGACAUAGCAGUAUGAAGCUUACAACCAAGAAAACAAAGCGGAUCAAAGAAGUUAAGAUGAGAAAUUUCUGGUGUAUGAUCUUUGUGGUUUCUCUACCAGCAGAAUCUGUGGGAGAGCAAAUGACUGGAACUCUGGGAGGAUCUGUAACGUUCCAUCUGAAGACUUCAGAAGAACUCACCCAGAUUUCCUGGCUUAAAACAUUUGGGGUGCGUCCUGUUCUUCUUGCUACGGUGCAUGUAGGUCCGCCCUGUCACACCAGUGUCAUCCGCUCAGAAUUUCAGGGGCGACUGAAUGUCUCUGGGGACUGCAAGAACUUACAAAUCAGUAAUCUAUAUCAAAAUGACUCUGGAACAUACAAUGGACAAAUAGCGGACUAUGAUGAGACCUUCAUUCUGAAAGUGUACAAAAAUCUAACAGAGACUGAUCUGGCCGUCCAAUGUAGAAAUGACACUUUCGGAGAUGGGAAUUACACGUUGCAGCUGAACUGUUCUGCAGGGAGGUGGGAAGACGGAGUGAAUUAUAGCUGGACCUCACAGAGCAAGAAUGGAAAGAGCUCCUCUCAGACAGUCCAGAUCCAAGAUGAUGAUGCAAACUACACCUGCACAGCUGAUAAUCCAGUCAGCAAGGCCUCCAAGACAGUCUCUGUCCAGCUGGCCUGUGAAGGUCUAGUGGGCGUCACUGUUGGCUCACCUUCCUAUUUGUUGAUUGGAGCGACAAUUGCGGCACUGAUUGUUGUGAAAGUGAUCGCCAGUGUUCUUGCUGUUGCUUUGGCAUCAAGCAAAAAGAGACCCCAGAGAAGAUAGGGUGAGAUUGCAUCAUUUAGCGACAGCUGGUUUGGGUGAGCUUCACCUGCCCUGUCCUAAUUUCCUCCAAGCCCACCUUAUCACAAUUCCUAGUUUCCUUACUACUGUUCAUUGAAAGUUGCAUUCAGUUCUUUUAACACCCCUGUCCUCUCUGGCCCUAAUCCUGAAGUUUCAAUUUUGCCAGAAUGUGUUGUUAUAAUUUUGGAAAUACCGACUAACGUUUCAGCUUUUGAGACUGGAUUAAUUUGGACCAUGCAAUUGAUUUGAGAACAGUUUCUUCCAAGACGGAUUACACUUGAGACUUUUAAAACUGAUUUUAUAAGUUUUCUUUUGAUUUCACGGUAUGUCUAUGUGAUGGGAUUUGGCAAGUGCCAGUCACACAAUCCAGUAAUGAAGGGGUUAAUUGAUGCAUGCUAAUUAGCUAGUGAGAUCAGA